UUCUCCUACGCUGUGCACAGGCGGCUUAUCCUGUGCAUCUCUGCAACUGAUGAUGAGCAAGGACAUUACUCUCCGACACUGAUGUCUGGAUUUUACCACCAAAAUGCGCGAGAUAGUGCACCUCCAGGUUGGGCAAUGUGGCAACCAAAUAGGAUCGAAGUUCUGGGAAGUGAUAUCCGACGAGCAUGCCAUAGACCCGACAGGCGCCUAUGUGGGGGACAAUGUCCAACAGAUAGAGCGCAUCAAUGUGUACUACAAUGAGGCGGAAGGCCAGCAGGCUCAGAGGUACGUGCCAAGGGCGAUCCUGGUGGACCUUGAACCCGGAACCAUGGAUGCCGCGAAGUCGGGUCCCCUCGGGAAGAUGUUUAGGCCGGACAACUUCGUUUACGGCCAGUCUGGCGCAGGCAACAACUGGGGCAAAGGGUACUACACCGACGGCGCCGACAUCGUGGACGCCAUCUUGGAUGUUCUGCGCAGAGAGGCGGAACACUGCGACUGCCUGCAAGGCUUCCAGAUUGCGCAAUCAAUUGGUGGAGGCACGGGCUCCGGGCUUGGUACGCUUCUCUCCAGCAAGAUACGCGAGGACUACCCCGACAGAAUCAUGAGUACCUUCUCGGUGGUGCCUUCCCCAAAGGUAUCUGAAGUCGUGGUUGAGGCCUACAACGCCAUGUUUACGUUUGAAAAACUCAUCGAACAUUCUGAUUCUACUUUCAUCAUCGACAACGAGGCUCUGUAUGACAUCUGUUUCCAAACUUUAAAACUCCCCUCUCCGACUUAUACCGACUUGAACCACCUUGUUUCCUAUACGAUGUCAGGGAUCACAACAUGUCUGCGAUUUCCUGGACAACUGAACGCAGAUUUGAGAAAGCUAGCAACAAAUCUCGUACCCUUUCCGAGAUUGCAUUUCUUCAUGCCUGGGUUUGCACCGCUGACGUCACGAGAGACGCGGGAAUUCCAAGCAUUCACGGUGCAGGAGUUGGUGCAGCAAAUGUUCGAUGCGAAAAACAUGAUGGCCGCGUGCGAUCCUCGGCAUGGCCGCUACUUAACCGCGGCCGCGAUUUUCCGCGGAAGACUCUCCAUGAAAGAAAUUGACGAUCAGAUGCAGUUCAUUCAAAACAAAAACAGCAAACACUUCGUGGAUUGGAUCCCUAAUAACAUUCUGACAUCAGUGUGUGAUAUUCCGCCAGCAGGUCUCAAGAUGACCUCGACCUUCAUCGGGAAUAACACGGCGAUCCAGGAACUAUUCCGGAGAAUCUCAGAACAAUUUUACAAAAUGUUCACACGGAAAGCGUUCGUGCAUUGGUACAUGGAUGAAGGGAUGGACAUGGAGGAGUUCAACCAGGCAGAGGCUAGCGUGAAUGACCUGAUUUCUGAGUAUCAGCAGUACGAGGAUGCUACGACGGGAUUUGACUCUGACGAGGACGAGGAAGCGACACCAGCAGAUGAAGAAGUUAUGCUCAUAGACUAGUGCUUAGUGCUUUUCACGGAACGAUUCUAUAUAAAAUAUCAAAUAUUAAAACCGUAUCGAAAAAUGACGAAAAUAUAUAUAUUUCUUGCAUUAGCUCUAGUGUAGACGAGUUGUAAAAGCAAGCUUCGAGCAACUGCUAGUCCAAUUAUUAUUGUCACAUAAUUUGUUUUUUUACAGUGUGGAGGAGGCUGCAUAUUUGUGCAUGUAAUUACAAAUGUAGUUGUAGUGGCAUGAAAAUAUAAAUUGUCUUAAGACGCAUAUAUCGAAAUACCAUGAUGACUAAUGGUAUUGAUGUAGGAUUUUUCAAAGUUCUUAAACGGAAGCUUAAAGCAUGGCUAGCAUUCUAAUUGCUUUGGGAAAUAUAAAUUUCCUUCUGUCAUUUGUGCAUCAUACUGAACUUCCAGCGGUAUUGCAUCCGUAGCCUCCGCGCGUUGUCUGGAAGCUAAGCAAUUAAUGACAAUACAUUGAGGGUCAAUAUGUUUGUGUAUGUAAGACUAGAGCAAAAUGAUUCUUUGAGGUAGAUCUUUUUUUUAAAAGACAAAAAAGCUCUCUCUUUGCAUGUGUAGACUACCAGUAGUGCAUCAAAGGACGCGUAUUACCAUUAUACAUGUAUAGGCCUACUCGCAAUGGGUAAUAUCAAGAACUAAUAAAGACAAUUCUUGGUAAUUAAGUUAAUGCUUUUGUAUUGCGCAAAGACUAGAUAAAAAAUAUGUCGGAAUGUUCGUAUGUUUGUGCGAAAACUUCAGCAGCGACCGGUGGAAUUGGUGGUUCUUAUCUGUGUACUUUCAGUGUAUCGUGUACGUGUUGCUGCACUCUGGUACAGCGGGCAUAUUUCCUGACCUUGAUUUUCAAGUGCGAUUGUCUAGUGCGCCGUAGCCUAAACAUUAUUUUCAUCAUUCUUUUAUUUAAAUUUCACGAAACAAGCGCGCCGGAACAACGGUAAAAAGACCCUUCAAUCACUACAGAGCAUACGUAGGCAUGCAUUGUAAUACAAUACAGAUAACAAUGUAUAGGAGCGUGCUUUACCAAUAGCAUUCCGCGAAGAUGACGUCACUGCAGCUGCUGCCCUCUAUUUCCCCAUCGCUGAAUUACAGGCAAUGUCGGACAAAAUGCGGUUUCGUAAUGGAUUCAGGCUUUCUAACUAGGGCAGUUAGAUUCAAUCUGGCACAUGUCCGAGUGUUGGAAAUACUACAUAAUUGUUCUGAAUGUUUCUCUCCCUGACUCUAUGGUAUCAUUCAUGCUAAAAACAAUGCAGGGUCAAAGAUAAUUUACUUUGGAAUAAGCUCAAAUGCGUAGAAAUAAGUGUCGAUGUCCGCCUGUCACGUGACUAAAACGUCAUCAAUAUCUUUUGCAAAUGAUCUUGUGAGCUAUAACUUCGCGGAAUGCUAUUGAAGAAAAGGGCAGUUGGAGAGUUUUUUGUUUUUGUAGAAUUGGAUGAAAUUUGAAGGGUCUUCCAUAUCGUUUCCCAACAUGUGUAUGUAGUGUAUGGUCUGUAUGUACAGGUCGCCAUAUAUUGCAUGUACAUGUAUUAUAAUUGGUUAUUUAUACUCCAUGAACAGUGUUAUUUAAAUGUUAUUGUAUGCACAGGUCGUCACAGUCAUUGGCUAAAGAUCUGUAAGCCUCACCACCGGAUAUUUCUAAUGUUUUGUUAGUCAAUGUUCCAGGGUGGUAUGGGAAGCGGCGCUUUGCAGAUUGUGCAUGACAAGUCACAAUAACGGCGGGGCCAGGGCCUACUCAGUCCUACUGGUGGCCCUUUUGUGGACCUCCGGAAUGUAUGGUCCUAGUACAGUACAGAACGGAUAGGCUACCGGUAUUCACGAGGACAUCCCGUAUAAUCAGAUGACAGUGCUUCAAUGUAAAAAAAUGUAUACAUGUACAUUUAUUCAAUUUUGUACACUUACAUUGUUCAGAGGCUUAAUUCCAAUGGAUAAUGCGAUGAUUGCAAAUGCAGUGCGUCUCAACUGAGCGACGUCAUCAUGACUGUGUCUCGGUAACAUCAUAACAUUUUGACUGGCACAGUGCAUUGGUCGUGUAGAAAGUUCUUGUGCUGGCUGAAAAAUAAUAAAAGGAAUGAUAUUUGAUAUUUUGGCCACGGGAAGACCUUGCGAGGAGUAGUUAUUAACAUGCUUUUGCGUUAUCUUAUAGGCAAUUAGGCCUACGGCCGUCUUCGAACCAGGUCAUUUAAAUGCCGACGGGACAUUGGACCUAGCACUGGGCGAUGUGCUGAUCUGUAUUGCAUGGUUGCAAUAGUUGUGAACUGGAUUUCACAAAAACACGACCUUGAAGAAGUGUAAAACUCUUGUUGUAGAUUGAUUUGAUAUUUGACUGUUUAUUUUCUUACUUGAUUAAGCUCGUUGUUGCCUUAUGUCUUUGGCAGGAUUACUUGAAAUUGGUAUCAAUGAAAAAAAAACGUAGCGAUUGCAGCGCAUCCCAGUGCAGUGGUAGAGGUUGAAUUCCAGGUUAAAUUGCUAUUUCUAUUUCGUAGAUUGUUUUCUGAAUGGUGCUAUUAAUGGUACAUGUAUAUAUUAAUAGGGUUUAUAAACUUCUCGUCACU